AUGGGGGCGCCGUUGGCGCCCUCCGGUGAGUUCGCCGAGGAGGUGGCCCCUGGCGUCGACGGCGAGCUGGCGCAGUUGGAGCGCGAGCUCACCAGGGAGGUCCCGUCACUGCUCGAGGCCCUCGGCCGCGCCUCCGACGAGGCGGGCCUCUGCGAGCGGCGCGCGGGCGAGGCCCGGCGGCGCCACGAGGCGCUGCUAGAGCAGCGCGCCGCCUGCUACGAGGACCUGCGCGCUCGGCACGGCGCGGCGGUGGACGCGGUGAGGCCAUACUUUGACGCGGCGCAGGUGCUGAACGCGGCCUCGCACCGGGUGCAGGGCGCGACGCGGGAGCUCUGCGCGGCCAGCUCUGAGCAGCUGCGGGCCGAGGCGGAGCUGCGGCAGGUGGAGCACCGUCUCCAGCUGGGCGCGCACCGGGUGGAGCUGCAGCCUGAGCAGCAGGACGGGCUCUUGUGUGCUACGGCGCGGGUCCUGAGGUGCAAGCAGGAGCGCGGCGGGCGCGAGCGCGAGCGCGCCCGGGCGCUGCGGGAGCAGGAGGAGGCCCAGGAGGCGCUGGAGGCGUGGCGCGCGCAGAUCGGCGACGCGGGGCGAGCUGCGGUGGCCGUGGGCCCCCCGUGCCGCAGCGGCUGGAGCGCACUGCUCUUGCAGCAGGGCGUGCUGCAGCAGCACCAGCUGACGCUGGCCUCCGAGCAGAACCGCAUCGGCGCGCUUGAUGAGCGCGCCGGGCUUGUCAGGGAGCAGUACGCCGCCCUGCUGCGGGAGUUGGACAGGAUCAACCUGGCCGUGCAUGCCUCCCCUCUCGCGGAGCGGAGCCACGCGCCGCCGCUGCAGCCGUGGGCGGCCGCGGCGACGGAGGCAGCCGCCGCGGCCCCGUGGGGCGCCGCGCCGGCGCCCGCGAGCGGGGGCCUCGCGGAGCCCGCGGGGCCUCGGGCCGCGCCGGCCGGCGGCGCCGCCGCGGCGCGGCCGCCGCCCGGCGGCGGCCGGGAGCCGCAGGAGGCCGGGAGGUUCGGGCGCUGUGCAACCACCGGAAUGCGCCCAGAUCCCGGCACCGACGCCAUCAACCUGGCGAUCUAG